GUGGAUGAUUUGCCCUUUAAGCUGGAAGAAAUGCCAACCAACUAUGGAGGAUUCAAGGAGAAAGUGAAAGGAUUGAAGAAUAGGGAGACGAUUGUUGCUCUGGAUCAGUUAAAGGGUUUUCCUUUUCGUGGAGAUGUUGAGCCUGGAGAAGUUCCAUCAUUGGUUGAUCUUAGUCUUAACCCAAUUUCAACCAUGAGCCAGCAGAAUGGAAAAAGAGCUGCCAAUGGUUCUCAAAAUGGAGGAGAGACAGAGGCAUUGCAGAAGCUA